AUGACACCAAGAUUAAUUUAUGGAAUGUCGAAAGCUUAUGCACAAUUAUUACUGAUUAAUAUUGUGUUACAAAAUUUAUUUCAUGCCUUUUCUGCAUGGAUUAUAGUCGCUGUAGCGAUAUUUCGUUUAAUCUAUAUUAAAACUGGUGUACGUGCAGCAAUCUAUUGUAAUAUGGUCAAAGCAUGGAUUGUUAUAUUGAUGGUGUUGGCUAGUUCAGUUCUACUGACUAUACCAUUUAUGAUUGCGCAUCAAGUACGCGUGAAACCAACUGAUCCGCAUACAAUGUCGACUAGUCUUGAAUUGACAAUAGAAAGUAUCAAUCAAACCAUAGUUGACGAUUCUCAGUUGGAUAAUAAUAACAACAAUACACCGUUACAAUUAUAUGAAGUUGAUUAUACUACAAAUAUGAAUUUACGGAUAAUUUUAUUUUGGAUCAGCUAUCUUAGUGAAAGCAUUGCCUAUUUUAAUUAUGACCACGAGAAACGUUAUCGUAUAUUACGUAGAUAUCGUAAUUGUAAAACAUUUCAAGCAACAUUAGAAACGACACGUAUUGAAAGUUUUAUCAAUAAUAAUAAUAAUAAUAAUAAUAAUAACAAUAAUAAUACUGGAAAUGAUAUAAAACCACCAUUGUCACAACAACGUUCAAAACAAAAACUCUGUUCACAUGCUGAAAUGAAUUCCGGUAAUCGUAGUGCAAAUCAAACAACCUAUAUGUUAUUAACGAUUAUUAUUUUAUAUAUAGUGACAUAUUUACCACAAGUAAGUUUAGAAUUUUUAAGAGAAAAAAUAAAAUUUCUUAUAAAGUUUCACUGA